ACGAGGCGCAACAAGGUUAACUAAAGCGAGAUUCGAACUCUCCCGCGGGUAGGAGAGACCGUUCGAUAGUAUUCGACAGUGGGCGCUGACGAACUUCGCGAACCCUGUCGUAGACACAGCGAAUUGUCUGGCCGCCGUAAUGGGCAGAUUCAGUUGGCUAGGGUUUACCCCGAAGCCCCUGUUCCAGGUUCGAUGUUUUCAUCGGCACUUCACGUCUCUGUUAUCUGUUGAAUUACCCGUGGAUCAUGGAGUUCGGCAAGGCGGAGUUCCAUUGUUACGUCGAGCAUUUUAUGAUACCAGGACUUUUCACGGUUGCAGUUUUGGAUCUAUUGGAAGACCUACCAGUUUUUCAGCUACAGGACUACUGUUGAUAGGGCGUUAUUUUCAUGCUACAGGAGUAUGUCACUCAAUAGAACAGGACUACUAUCAAUUACUUGGUGUUGCCAAAGAUGCUAGUCGAGAUGAAAUUAAGAAGGCUUUUCAUGGGCUUGCAAGAAAAUAUCAUCCAGAUGCAAACAAGAAUAAUCCUGCGGCAAAGAGGAAGUUUCAAGAGCUAAGAAAUGCUUAUGAGGUCCGUGCUUGGAGUAAAUUCCAGACUUUGCGAGACCCCGAGCAGAGAGCACAGUAUGAUAGGGAGCAUAGCAGAGGUUCUGAGAGAAGAGACUAUGCUGGUGCAGAUUCGGAGGGGUUUACUUAUGGUUCAUAUGCAUAUCGACAUCAUUUCUCGGAUUCAUUUCAUAAAAUUUUCUCUGAGAUCUUUGAGAAUGAGACAGAAAAUUUUGCAACUGAUAUACAGGUGGAGCUGUCUCUCUCUUUCUCUGAAGCUGCUAAAGGCUGCACAAAACAUCUGUCUUUUGAUGCUCGUGUUCCUUGUGAUUCCUGCAAUGGACGUGGCCAUCCAAUUCAUGCCAAGGCAGAAGUAUGCCCAACAUGUAGAGGCAUUGGGAGGGUUACAAUUCCUCCAUUCACAUCAACGUGUAGUACUUGCAAAGGAUUUGGACGAAUUAUUAAGGAAUAUUGUGUAACAUGCAAAGGUUCUGGUGUGGUUGAAGGUGUCAAGGAGGUUAAAGUUACAAUUCCAGGAGGUGUGGAUUCUGGUGAUACAAUUCGUGUACCAAAGGCUGGCAAUGGUGGGGGACGGGGAGUUCAACCUGGAACUCUUCAUAUAAUACUAAAGGUUGAUAAAGAUCCUAUUUUCCUUCGAGAUGGUGCUGAUAUUUAUGUGGAUACUCAUAUUAGGCUUACACAGGCUAUUAUUGGUGGUAUGGUUGAUGUGCCAACCUUGUCUGGGAAGCUUCAAAUAAAAAUACCAAAGGGGGUUCAGCACGGGCAACUUAUGGUCCUAAGAGGCAGAGGAUUGCCAAAGCAAGGUAUCCUCACAGACCAUGGUGAUCAAUAUUUGAGAUUCUGCAUACGCCUCCCUACCUCAUUAAAUGAACGUCAACGUGCCUUAUUGAAAGAGUACGCUCAGGAAGAGUCUAUCCAUGGAAGCAGCACCUCCGAUGAAGGAAAUUGGCUUUAUCAGCAGCUAUCUACUGGUUGAACUUACAGGUGGCAGCAAAUUACUGAUCGAUUGACGGAUUCAAAGUUUGUGCUUCAAUUCAUGGUCUUCAUAUUGAUGCUGCUAUUCCUGAACAAAAGCAUUGGCUGAGGGUAAAGUUGAGCGACCCUCCAAAGUCCAAGCAGGGGGAAGAAAUUUCCAGGUUUCGUAUGCAACUGAUGAAUCUGCGGCAAGCAUCUGUAUAUGGAGUUGUUGUCAUCUCACUCUUGCCAUGAGUUCUGUUUACGUUAAAAGUGCUGUGAGGUAUUGAGAUUCUCAGAGCCCUCACUUUUCCCACAUCCAUGUUUUAAAAUCCAAUGACUAGAGUAGAAUCUCAUCUUGUUUUGGGGUCAAUGCCAAUCUACAUUGGAUUCUGACCACCUUGUUUGAUGUAUAGAAUUGAUUUUCCCAAUUAUGAUUAAUAAAAUUCUUUUUUGUUG